CAGUAUGUUGUUUGCAGAUAUGAUAGUAUAAGUUGAGCCAGUCACAUACCGUAGCCUAAUUCACGACAUCGGCAGAUUGGUAAUUGCCACACUUGCAUGGAUUUUAAUGCAAUCAAAUGAAUGAAUGAUGGUGGACGUGAUGUAACAUGAAUAUAUUUCAGCCUAUACAUAUCAUAAUUCAGGAAUCACUACCGAAAUAGGAAUGGAUGAAUUAGUGGACGAUGAAUUACAUUUAGCAGUAAGAGUUGGGGAUUUGGAGUCUACCAUUUGUGCUCUUCAACAAGGCCUCAAUCCCAAUAAUAUUGGAUUAUUUGAAUGGAGUUCCCAACAUGAAGCAGCUCAUAAUGGAGAUUUUGACAUUUUAAAGGUUUUAUUGCGGUAUGGUGGGGAUCCUAAUUGUAAAGAUUUGUUGAAUGGAUCUACUGCAUUACACUAUGCAGCAUCAGAAGGUCACUCAAAAUGUCUCGAAUUACUCUUGUCAAAUGGUGGAGAUGCUAAAAUCAAGAAUGACAAAGGUCAGACAGCUCCUGAUAUAACUCGACAUAAAGGGUGUAAAGAAGUAUUUGCCAAAUAUGGAAUAGAUGUUACAACCUCAGUUCACUUUGAAGAUCAAACCAAAUCCACCGAACAACAACAAUUCAAUAAUCACCAGAACAAAAAACAUUCUCAACCACCUCCAUCUAGUUUUUCAAAAUAUACUUGUAAAUCGACUCUAUCAGAUGAUAGUUAUGAAUCGGGAAUUGGAAGUAAAGCAUCACUGACUGACUCUGUUAGUGUCUCAAGUGUCAAUUCCAAAUCGGUUGAAUUUAAAGGAGAUGUAAGAUCUCUCUCAUCAGGGACACCAUCAUUAUCUUCACCUUGCAAAUCAUAUUCAUCUUUUGGUAGUUUGACAUCAAUUGGUUCUUCGAUAAUAUCUGGAAAUGACGAUUGUGCAGGAUACAUUACAAUGGCUUUUCAAUAUAAUAGUAAAACAUCACAUUUGAAAGUUCGAAUUGUAGAAAUUGUUCUCACAUGCUUGUUGCCUCUACAUAGAGGACAUAAGGAUGUCAGUUUGAUGUUGCAUGUUGGGGGAAUAAUACACAAUCACAAUGAAAUACAAAUCGUAGAUAGUCAAGUACAACGAAUGAAAACAAAAUCUGAAUCAUUCAAAUUACAUCCCGGAGGAGAUCAAAAUGAACCUAUUGAAGAAAAUGAUGGUUCGAUAAAAACCUUCUGGAACAACAGAACAGCUCAUAUUCAAUUUAAAUCAUCUCUUGGCGUGGAAUUUUUGAAGGUGACCAAAGAAGUUGUAAAAAAUUAUUCAAUUCAGGUAUCUGUAUGCACCCGACAGAGAAAAAAUUUAUUGAAAAAUACAAGCAAUAGUAUUCCACUUGCAACUGUGGAAUUACCUCUAAAACAAGCGGUUAAAAAGCUCAUGAAGGAAACUUAUGAGUUGCAGUUAUGUUAUGUUCCUGGGAUUACCAGAAAUACAGAAAGGAUAGAACAAGUUUUAUCAGAAAUCGUGAUCGAAAGUGGUAAAACACGAUGCCCAUCUGUUUACAGUGAUUCACAAGUUCAAGGGAAUUUUAACGAAACAUUUGAAAUGGAAGAAAUAGUAGACAGAUCUGCAAGUGAUGGAGAUUUAAAACAAGUGUCAUCAUCUGUUCAUAAUUCAAGAAUUAUUUCACAGUCAAGCAGUAGCUACGAUAUACAAGAGGAAAUAGAAAGUGAUGAUGGAGUUUGUCUGGAAGAAGUUAAAUCCCAUUCAGUACCAACAAGUCCACAGGUUAAAAUAAAACUACCUCUGAACACAAAUAACAAUAAAAUAAGGGAAACCAAAAUGAAUAUGCCUGAAGAUGAAAAUGAAGCAGUGCAUAGAAAAGCAACUAAAGGAGACAGGAAGAAGAGUCUUCGUAGGUUAGUGAUUUCACAAAACACGAGUAUUAGCACAGAUGAAGAGAUGGGAUCACAAGAAAAUAUUCCACUCGAAGUUUUGUCGCAAUCCAGUAUGAACAAUAUCGGUUAUGCCGAACAAAAAUUUACAAGUUUGACAAUCGAAAAAGGAGACAAAACACCAACGAGAAGUCCUAAAGUAAUGAGAACUCGAGUGAUGAAACAUGUGCGAACUCAUUCUACAGAUUCUUCAGAAAAUGUAAAUGAGAAUACACAAUAUUAUAAACAAAAUAAAAGCUUAAGGCAUCCACAUUGAGAGGCUACUUAAA